CGGUUUAUUGAUAAGGGGAGAGAUCUGUACCGUACUGUCCCCGGGAUUACGUUUCGUUCCGCUAAUUCCUUUUUCUCCUCUCUUCGGAGUCGUUUAUGGAGAAGGGGAUUGCCCUUUUUCCACUACCGGUACCGGUACUGCGCUAGCAUGAUGCUCCUUCGCUUUUGCUCCCGUGGUGGGGAUCCCGGGGGUGGGUAACGGUCUGGCCUUCGUUGCACCACUCCCCUUUCCCUCCUUCUCAUUGCACAAACUUUUCCCUUCACAGGUAUAAAGACCCCAUCGCUGGGCACACACGCCCAUCCGUCCAUCCGUCCCUUCAUACCUCGACUUGUGCGGCUCAGGGGUUACCGUACCACAUAACCGAUCAUCCCUCCAUCCUCCUCCUCCCCCACGCGCAAACACAACCUCGUGCAAUCAUGUCCCAAAGCGAAGAAAAUCCAGGCCCUGCGCCAGAGUACCCCGAACUUAGCCCCCUCGAAGCCGGCAGUUCUCAAGAUGUGUGUUAUUGACCGUUUCCUCCCUACCCCCUUUCUCCUCUUCCUGCUGACCCAGAAUAGGACUCCGACGAGGAUUACUUUAGUAACGACGUGUGAGCAUUUCCCUUCCCCACCCUACAAAGAGGGGCUGAGGCUGAUGAUAUCAUCCCCAGGAGCGAGACUACAUCCCUGAAUUCUAGCAUCCUAGACUACGAGUACGAGAAUGGUUUGUUUAUCUGUUGCAUCCUUUGUUUGUUACACGUUUGUCUCAUGGGGAUGGCGUUUGUUUGCUUGCAGGGAGACGUUAUCAUCGGUAUCGACAGGGCUCCUAUCCCAUGCCAAACGACGAGGUUGGCCUCCCUUCCACCACUAUCAUGGAUCAAAGUCUGGUCCUGCUAACCCAAGCUUCCGGUCUUACAGACGGAGCAAGACCGCCUGGACAUGAUGCAUCACAUAUAUCUCAUGCUGCUGGAUGGGAAAUUGCAUAUAGCCCCUAUUGGCGAUAAUCCGCAGAAAAUAUUGGAUGUUGGUACUGGGACGGGGAUUUGGGCUAUCGACAUUGCAAAGUGGGUUCGCUCCUCUUGUGCCCCCCUGAGGGGUGGGUGAUCAUGAGGGUUGCUGACUUUGGCAUUCUUAGUGAAUAUCCUUCCGCAGAAGUCAUUGGCACGGACCUUAGUCCUAUUCAACCGCAAUGGUUCGUCUCCCGCUGAAAGAAAGAGCUCUAACAGUGUGGGCGAAAGAAAGGGUUACUGAAUAGGGUGACCAUUCUAGGGUCCCACCGAACUGCCGCUUCGAAGUUGACGAUGCCGCAAGUCCCUGGACAUUUGCUCCGGUUUCCCCCCCCCCCAAAAAAAAAAAAAAAAAACACCCACUUAACAAAGCCAACACCGUUCCUAACCCUGAAUUCUAGGACUCCUUCGACUUCAUCCACUCCCGCCACCUCUCGGGUGCCUUAGCGGACUGGCCGGAAUAUAUCAAGCAAAUCUACAAGGCCCUUAAACCUGGUGGCUGGAUGCAACUUAGCGAAUACGCAACCGAUGUGACAAGCGACGACAACAGCUACCCAAAGGAAUGCUCGAUCAGGACCUAUUUGCACCUGAUGAACUCGGCGGCCAAUAAGAUCGGACGGGUAAUGAAUGUGGGGCACACCUUGAAGGGGACGGUGGAGGAAACCGGGUUCGCGCAUGUCUCUCAGAAGAUUUUGAAGUUGCCGUGGGCGCCUUGGCCGUCGGAUCCGAAGAUGAAGGAAUUGGGGAGGUUUACGCUGCUGAAUUGCGAGACGAGUUUUGAGGCUUUUGGGCUGGCGCUGCUGACUAGGGUUAUUGGGAUGUCGGCUGAUGAGGCGCUCAAGCUUUGCCAGGACGCGAGGAAGGAGUUGAGGAACAAGAGGAUACAUAUUUAUAACUUUCAGUAUCCACCCCUUUUUCUCUCUGGAUAUUUCACGGCAAGGCUAAUUGUUGGUAGCUACGUUAUUGUUGCGCAGAAACCGCUGGAAGACAAAGAAGAGGAUGAUUAA